AUGGCAUCGUCGGCCCGCGCCGCCGCCUCCGCCGCGAGAUCGGCUCUCCGCCGGGCGCCCCUCGCCGCCUCCUCGUCCUCUUCAGCUGCCGGGAUCCUCCACAGGUCGGCGGCGGCGGGCCUGGAGACGCGGAUGCCCCUGCACAGCGCGGCGUCGGCGGCGCGCCUCGGAUCCUGCAUCACCCGAGAUGGCGACAAUGCUUUCUCAUGGAACUCCAGGCGCAUGUUCAGUUCAAAUGAGAAACAUCUGCCUGCAAUAUCUGACCCGAAAAUUGAGACUGCAUUUAAGGAUUUGAUGGCUGCUAGCUGGAACGAGCUUCCAGAUUCUCUUGUGGAGGAAGCAAAGAAAGCAGUAUCUAUGGCUACUGAUGAUAAGGCUGGUCAAGAAGCUUUGGAAAAUGUAUUUCGUGCAGCUGAAGCAUGUGAAGAGUUUAGUGGAGUUUUAGUUACCCUAAGAAUGGCUCUUGAUGAUCUUUGUGGUCUAACGGGCGAGAAUGUGGGCCCCUUGCCUGGUUACUUAGAAGAAGCUGUGAAAUCCGCCUAUAGCCGAUACAUGACAUAUCUGGAAUCUUUUGGUCCUGAAGAGCACUAUCUACGGAAAAAGGUGGAGAGCGAGUUGGGGACAAAAAUGAUUCACCUGAAAAUGAGAUGCAGUGGCAUAGGGUCUGAGUGGGGAAAGAUCACCCUGAUUGGCACCUCAGGGAUCUCAGGGUCCUAUGUUGAGAUGAGGGCAUGA